GACACUGCACUGUGGGCGGGUAUUGUAGAAAAGUGCUGAGUAAGGCUAGUCAUUGCCGUUUAUAACUUUGCCUAGUAGUCAGUUUACAGACGGUGGUUAAGUUAUGGCUGACGAAAUCAGCAAGGCUCAAGUUGCCCAGCCGGGUGGCGAUACCAUUUUCGGCAAAAUUAUUCGAAAGGAAAUCCCUGCAAAAAUUAUUUAUGAAGACGAUCAGUGCAUUGCAUUUCAUGACAUUGCUCCACAAGCUCCAGUACAUUUUCUUGUCGUGCCAAAGAAGCCUAUUGCACAGUUGGCCAGUACAGAGGAUUCUGACAAACAUCUAUUUGGACACCUAAUGCUGGUUGGUAAAAAAUGUGCAGAUGAUCUGAAUCUCAAAGAUGGAUAUAGGAUUGUUCUGAAUGAAGGUCGACAUGGUGGACAGUCUGUUUACCAUAUUCAUCUCCAUGUUCUUGGUGGUCGACAGAUGGAAUGGCCUCCUGGCUGAUACUUUUACUGAAAUGUCUGUGGAAAUGUUCAGAGUUAUGUAAUCUGUAUUGUUUGUCACAAGAGUUCACAAGUUUUCUGCCGUAAACAUUUUAUUUUUUUAGAUGAAUAAAAGUUGACUGGCAAAUUUA